GCAUUUCAUUCUUCUCCCUGCCCGGAACUCCUCUAGCUGCUAUUUGGGACAACCUAGCCCCAUGGAGCCGUCUUCUCCUUGUCCCUUCCUCACUCAUCGUUCGGGGCAUCUGCGGCCCGGACACAUGUCCUCUGCAGCCAAGCUGCCUGAGACCUGCUCUCCUUACAAAAGAAUCCGUUUCCACUAAACCCCUGAGCGUUUCACAUGUCGUCAUUAGAAAGCCUCUUGUUUACUCAUCUUCUUUAGUUUAUUUGCCCAGUCCACAAAAAUAUUUGGUCGGCGUGACUUCCUGUAACCAAAUGUGGGUGCCCAGCCGAAAGGUAUCAAGCCGCCUGUACUUUGAUGAGGCUGUGGCUGGGGCCGACCGCCAUUUUGAAACAAGCACAGACCACAAGAAUGCUGGGCAGGGCCUACCCCCUGCAACUGUAACCAGAUUUCAGCGCCGUGGGACCCAUGAAUCACAGGCGUCUGGAGAGAAGUAUCAAGCAGAACAGGGGAAAAACUCAAUCAUCGUCUUGGAGAGUUGUGAUGAGCUGCGGAUACCCCAAGAAUGGACAGGAAGGGCUCCAUCCCAGAGGCUCCUGGUUUACCAGCCACAGCGACGGUGUCUGCUCCUGCUCCCAGGCAACAUUCAGAUCUUCAGUGUUUCUUCACAGAGAUUAUUCCCCAGAGGAAGCAGCUUGCCACCUGUUCCUCAGUUUACCCGUGUUCACCUAAAAAAAAAACAAGAAAAUCAGCCCUCUUCCUUCUUAACGGAGCCUGAGAUAAAGACAAGUCAGAAGAUGGGCCUGUGUUCCUGCCUCUCUCCAGCAGCCCAGGCUCAGCGAAAACAGCUUCUCUUGCGAGCUGAAACUUACCCAAACGAACCAGGAAUAAAAACUUUUAGAAGCAAACGUAACCUUUGGAGCUGCUUGCAUUUGUACCCUCUUGACGUGUGCCUACAAUGAACGUGGGAGAAGAGAGGAGAGAGCCAAGGUGUCGUGGAAGGGAUUUUAGACAUCAGAGGACUCCAGGUCUGAUCCCAGCUCCGCCAGUGGGCCAUCAGUAUGACCUGAGACCAAGGCUUCCCCUCCCAGACCCCCAUUUCUUUAUCUCAGUGGUGAAAGGUUGAACCAAAUGACCUCCUGUCCUCUGACUCUUAGGGAGCUUCGUCUUUCCGUGGCACCCAUGCUGGUCUGGACAGAACUGGAGGGUGUAGAGUUUGAGCAGCACCUGUGUUUACACUGUACAAUCUGCAGUUUACUGUAAUAAAAUCAUUUAAUACACUCAUAAUUUUUUUGGCAAGGGGU